AUGCAUACAAUAAUAAUUUAUCGAAAACAUUGGCCGGCAAAGAGUUUUUAUUUACAGAUUUCAGCCGCACUAUUGGAUAGGUAAACCGCCGACGCGAUGGACGACCAGGCGUGUCCGCGGUGCAAGACCACCAAAUACCGGAAUCCAUCGCUCAAGCUGAUGGUCAACGUUUGCGGCCACACUCUAUGCGAAUCCUGCGUGGACUUGCUAUUCCUCAAAGGAUCCGGCGCCUGUCCGGAGUGCAUGGUGCCCCUGCGGCGUAACAACUUCCGCGUGCAGCUUUUUGAGGACCCAAUGGUGGAGAAGGAGGUGGACAUUCGUAGGCGAAUUCUGCGCGACUACAAUAAACGCGAGGAGGACUUUGCCUCCCUAGCGGAGUACAAUGACUAUCUGGAGGAGAUCGAGGACAUUGUGUACAACCUGUGCAACAACAUCGAGAUAAUCGAAACAAAUAAGCGAAUUGAGGCCUAUAAGCGCGAUAACCGUGAGGUCAUCCAGCGGAAUAAAACCCGCGUGGGACGCGAUGAGUACGCGUUAGAAGAGAUGCUGGAGCUGGAGAAAGUUCAGGAGGAGGCGCGUAGGAAGGAGCUGGACGAACUGGAGAAUGAGCAUAAGAAAAAAAAGGCCCGCGACAAGCAGGCGCUGAUCGAGGAGCUUAUGUACAGCGGCAAGGAUGCCGCCCAAAUUGUCACCGAGUUUGCCGAAAAAGCGGAAAAGCAGCGCGAGGAGGAGAAGCAGCUUCCACCGCCGAAGCCUGCCAACGAGUUCUCCACGGGCAUUAAGUUCGGACAGACGGCUGAUCCCAGCCUGCUGCCCGUUCCCAAAUCGGAGGAGGGACCCCUUUUCGUAUACGAGCCACUAGUUGCUUUGAGUGAGGGACCUGCCAUGCCGCCAACAAUUGAGAUCGUGUCCAGCGGCUAUAUAGCCCACAUACGAGCGGAAACACCGCAGGAGAACGCCGGCGGAUUCACAUCCACUCUGGCUUGUGAACGGGCACUACAGGAGGCGCUGCAGGGACUCUACUAUACGGCGACAGCGGGUGUGGUUUCUGGCACCUAGCUCUCCGAAAAUAACUUAAUGGUCGCACAACCAGAGCACUGAACGCUUAAUUUUGUUGAACAAAUGUGUCCUAUAUGAAUCCCUUCAGUUAACUCGUAACUUAAUAGAUGUUAAACAAAUAAAAGCUAUAUCCUACGUUA